AUGUUGGACCUGGCGAGCGGCCUGGGGUCUUCCCUCAAGCGCGAGGCCCGGGAUCGCCUCCACGACUGGGUUCGCGAGAUGGAAAAGGCGAAGGAAAGUGGGGGGUGCGCAGACAAACGAUUGAUCGUUCGCAUGAAUUCGCCCGAGUUCGACCCCGCCGCUGCGAUGCUCGACUUGGAGAUGGUUGGGAUACUCGGCGGGGGGAUUGAGGGGGUGGCGAUCCCCAAAGUCACCACCCGGACCUACGAUUUAAUCCACAAUUACGUCCACCCGGAUCACAAGUUAUGGGCCGUUUUCGAGCUCCCCCUUUCACUUCUGCAGGCCCCUACAAUUUGUUUAAGUGGGAAAUAUGCCUGCGCGGUCAUCGGCUAUGACGGCCUCGCGGCAGGGCUGCGUCUUCCAUCGCGGAUGGUGGGGAAUGCGGGCCGGGUCGGACCCGGCGCGUCCGAUUGCCCAGAAGGACGGCAAGCGGGGCAUUUCCUUGGCCAAAGUUCCCCUCUUAUGCUCGCGGCGAACCACGUUUUGUGGAGCGCGCGGGCCGCCAACAUGUCUGUCAUUGAUGGCGUCUUCCACGACCCCACCGAUACGCGGGGCUUCCGGCAGGACCUCCAACGCUGCCAGGCCCUUGGGUUGGACGGGAAGUGCGUGAUUCAUCCCGACCAGAUCGCACCCACCCACCAAUCGUUUAUCCCGAAUCCGGCGGAGGUGGCGUGGGCGGUGCAGGUCAAGGCGGAGGUCGAGCGAUCCGCGGACGACGCCAACCCCCUCGAGGAGAUGCUGAGCGAGGGCCUGCACGCUCGUCGGGCGGACCGGGUCUUGGAGCUCCACAAGAUGGCAGAGGGGGAAAGACAGGAAGGCGAGGCGGCCGCCUCGCCAGCCGCCGAACCUUCUUCUACUUCGUUCUUUAGGGAGGACUUGGAUUCGUCAACAAGUGAUAAUUUUAAUACAAUUAGGCGAAAGUCGCGUCGUGGGAAGCCUGCGGGUCAUGGCUCUUUCCCUUAA